CCUGUGUCGAUGUUAUUUUUAGUACAAGUAGGUGGCCCAAAUGAGUGUUACUGGAAGUCAGUGAGAUCAAGGUCAUGUCUGUGCUGCAGAACUGCUGGCUCGUAAUGAGUCACAGGAGAAUAUCAUGUUGUAAUCAAUUGCUUUUAAAAACUGUGAUCUUCGGCAACGUUACGGCUGCCUUAAGAUACCCCCUAUGGUUGAAGACUUUGGGCGACAAAUCAAGAGAUGCAAAAAAAAGGCAGAGAACUAUUCAGUGUUUGCCAGAGUUUUCUGCUGGACUGGAAUUACUCAGCAGAUAUGAAGAUGCAUGGGCUGCCCUUCACAAAGGAGCCAAAGAUUGUGCAAAAGCUGGAGAGCUGGUCGAUAGUGAAGUUGUGAUGCUUUCUGCACACUGGGAGAAGAAAAGAAACAGUCUGCUGGAACUACAGGAUCAGCUCCAACAAAUACCUGGGUUUUUAGCAGAUCUGGAAUGCCUCACAGCAAACCUAGCCCAGCUAGAGGCAAACUUUGAGGAAAUGGAGAAUCAUCUGUUGUGUCUUGAGGACCUAUGUGAACAGUGUGAGUUGGAAAGAUACAAGUGUAUGCAGACAUUGCAGCUGGAAAACUACAAGAAAACAAAAAGGAAGGAACUGGAGACCUUCAAAGCUGAACUAGAUGCUGAACAUGCACAGAAGGUUUUGGACAUGGAGCACACCCAGCAGAUGAAGCUAAAGGAACGUCAGAAGUUCUUUGAAGAAGCCUUCCAGCAGGACAUGGAGCAAUACCUUUCUACGGGAUACCUGCAGAUAGCAGAGAGGCGAGAACCGAUUGGAAGUAUGUCUUCCAUGGAAGUGAAUGUGGACAUGCUGGAACAGAUGGACCUAAUGGACAUGUCUGACCAAGAAGCACUUGAUGUCUUUUUAAACUCAGGAGGCGAAGACAAUAAUAUGCUUUCUCCCAUGCUGGGGCCUGACACCAACACCUACGUGAAUGAGAUAAGUCUUCAGGUCCCGAGCCAGUCUGAGUUACGACAAAAACUGUCUUCACUGUCAUCAACCUGCACUGAUUCUGCCAGCCAAGAUGCAAGUGAAGGAGAGUCUCCAGUUGUUCAGUCUGACGAAGAGGAAGUUCAAGUGGACACUGCCCUUGCUGCUGUAACUGAAAGAAAGUGUGCUUCAGAUGCUAGUGAUGAAAGUGACUCUCAAACUAUUUGAAUCUUAAAACCAUAUCCUUUAAGAAUGACUUCUGAAUGAAUGAACAAGUGAAUGAAGAGCUUGCCUGUGUAACAAUUUGCUAACCAAGCAUAACAGCCAGAUCUUUUUACUUAGUCAUACUGCCUUUUUACAAAUUGCCAGUCAUAUGGAGGUUGGUUUUUAAAGAAAAAAAAAUAUGCCUAAAGCACACACACUUUAACAGUAGUCUUGGGGCUCAGGGGAGCAGUAAAACUGUUGUAUAUACUAUGUAUAAGAGAAUUAAAGGGGAAAGAUAGAAGUUACUUUGACCACUAACCUUUAAAUGGCUGAUUGGAAAUACUUAAGAGUUGAUGUGUAAUACUGAACCCAAAUUGUUCCUUGCAUGUUUUCAGCUGCUGCAACUGAAGAUUUAGGAUCCAAACCAAAAUGAAAAGUUAUUUUCUACUCUUUACUACCUACUGUCUGCCUCCUGCCUUUGUCUACGAAUGCAGCAGUGUUUACUGUUCUCACACUUCCUAUUCAGGACCAACUUAGUUAUUGUAGGUGUUAAGGAAAAAAUAAGAACCUGAAAAGGAGGAGAGAUGCGUAUUGAAAUGUUACACUCCUUGUGGAGCAGGUAUCUUAGCAUUGUGUAAACUCCUCUUUCGAGAUAAAAUAAAGUAUUUCUAUCCCAACC